AUGCCUGCACAGCCUAAAGUCUUCUCUUUCACCUUUCUUCUUUCCAUUAACUUCUUCUUUCUUCAUACCUGCUACUCCAUUGAUUUACAGGGUCAAGCUCUUCUAAAAUGGAAAAACACAUUAAACAGCUCCACAGAUGUGUUGAAAUCUUGGAAUCCUUCAGACCCAAAUCCUUGCAAUUGGUUUGGGAUUCGUUGCAAUUCAAAUGGAGAUGUGAUCACCAUAGAUUUAAACUCUCUGGAUAUACAAGGACCGUUGCCUUCAAACUUACAGCCUCUUAAGUUUUUGAAUUCCCUCAUUCUUUCAUCCACCAAUCUCACUGGUACACUUCCUAAAGAGUUGGGAGAUUAUCUUGAGCUUACGGUUAUCGAUAUAUCUGAUAAUUCGAUUACUGGUUCAAUCCCACCGGAGAUUUGCAGGCUCACCAAGCUCCAAACUUUGUCUCUUAAUACCAACUUUCUUGAAGGUGAAAUCCCUUUGGAUAUUGGGAAUCUUUCCAGACUUAAAAAAUUGAUGCUUUUUGAUAAUCAGUUGAGUGGUGAGAUCCCAAAGAGUAUAGGAAGGUUGGGAAGUCUUGAAGUUAUUAGAGCUGGUGGAAACAAGAAUCUAAAAGGAGAGUUGCCGGAGGAGAUUGGAAACUGUAGUAGUUUAGUGAUGUUGGGUCUUGCAGAAACCAGCAUUUCCGGCAGUCUCCCGGCGACCAUUGGAAAGCUGAAACGAGUUCAGACAAUAGCGAUGUACACAUCGCUAUUGUCGGGUCCAAUUCCGGAUGAAAUUGGGAAUUGCAGUGAGCUGAGGAACCUUUACUUGUACCAGAACUCGAUUACUGGUUCGAUCCCAACGAAAAUAGGGGAGCUUCAAAAGCUUGAGAGUGUGCUAUUAUGGCAGAACAGUUUGGUGGGGACAAUUCCGGCCGAGCUCGGAAGGUGCACUGAGCUUAUGACGAUUGAUUUAUCAGAAAACUCAUUAACAGGAAAGAUUCCCACAAGUUUUGGAGGGCUAUUGAAGCUUCACGAGCUUCAGUUGUCCGUAAACAAAUUAUCAGGUAUCAUACCACCGGAUAUCACAAACUGCACUGCUCUGACUCAUCUGGAAGUUGAUAACAAUCAACUCACCGGUGAGAUUCCGAUUUCGAUCGGGAAAUUACAGAGCAUGACUCUGUUUUUUGGCUGGCAGAAUAAUCUAACAGGCAACAUUCCAGAGUCUUUAUCCCAAUGUGAGAAUCUUCAAGCUCUUGAUCUUUCUUAUAACCAACUUUCUGGUACAAUACCACGACAAAUCUUUUCACUCCGAAAUCUCACAAAACUACUGUUGCUUUCUAAUGAUUUGUCGGGUUUUAUCCCAUCCGACAUUGGAAGCUGCACAAAUUUGUAUAGAUUCAGAGUCAAUGAUAAUAGACUUUCGGGUACUGUUCCAUCAGAGAUAGGGAAUCUAAAGAAUUUGAAUUUUCUUGAUAUGAGCAACAACAAGUUCGUGGGAGAGAUUCCUCCAUCGAUUUUAGGAUGUGGGAAUCUUGAGUUUCUUGAUCUCCAUUCAAAUGGGUUCACCGGAGUUUUCCCUGAGACACUUCCUAAAAGCUUACAGUUUGUAGAUAUGUCAGACAAUCGGCUUAUUGGUUUGUUGACUCCUAACGUUGGUUUGUUAACCGAAUUAACGAAACUUAAUUUGGGAAAGAAUCAACUUUCUGGAGAAAUUCCAGGGGAGAUCAGUUCUUGCAGUAAGCUACAGUUACUAGAUCUCGGAAAAAAUGGUUUCUCAGGUGAGAUUCCAAAACAAUUGGGUCAAAUUCCGUCGCUUGAAAUCUCUUUGAAUCUUAGUUGCAACCAGUUCGUAGGUGAAAUACCAUCGGAGUUUAUGGGCCUUAGUAAACUAGCAAGUCUAGACCUAUCCCAUAACAAGAUUACCGGUAAACUAGACAUCCUCACAGACCUUCAAAACCUAGUUUCCCUCAAUGUCUCAUUCAAUGACUUCUCCGGCGAAUUGCCAAACACUCCGUUUUUCCGAAACCUCCCUGCUUCCGAUAUAUCGGGAAACCAAGAUCUUUACAUUUCUGGAGCAGUCAUCACUCCAGCUGACAAAAUGGGCUCUACUGGCCAUGCCAGGUCAUCAGCAAAACUUGCCAUGUCAAUCCUAGUCAGCAUUAGUGCAAUACUGGUCCUACUAGGAAUCUACACAUUGGUCAGAUCGCGUUUGGCGAACAAAGAAGUAAUAAGCCAAACAUGGGAAAUGACAUUUUAUCAGAAGAUGGAAGUUUAUGUUGAAGAUAUAGUUCAUGAUCUAACAUCAGCAAACGUUAUUGGCACCGGGAGCUCUGGAGUUGUAUAUAAAGUGACAACAUCAAAUGGGGAAACUAUGGCUGUGAAGAAGAUGUGGUCAACAGAAGAGUCUGGAGCUUUUAGCUCUGAAAUUGAGACACUGGGUUCGAUACGACACAAAAACAUUGUUCGUUUGUUGGGAUGGGGUUCGAACCAGACGAUCAAGCUUCUGUUUUACGAUUAUUAUCCUAAUGGAAGCCUGAGUUCGCUCCUUCAUGGUGCUGGGAAACGUGGAGCAGAAUGGGAGGCUAGGUACGACGUAGUCCUAGGUGUGGCCCACGCUCUCGCGUACCUACACCAUGAUUGCAUGCCUGCUAUUUUACAUGGAGAUGUAAAAGCCAUGAAUGUGCUAUUGGGUCCUAACCUACAACCUUAUCUUGGCGAUUUCGGGCUAGCUAGACUUGUUACCAAAGGUCAAAAUGAUACAACGAAACAAAGCCAGAGACCUCAGCUAGCUGGUUCUUACGGAUAUAUGGCUCCUGAACAUGCUUCGGCGCAACGUAUCACUGAAAAGAGUGAUGUGUACAGCUUCGGAGUGGUCCUUUUGGAGGUCUUGACAGGAAGGCAUCCACUAGAUCCAACUUUGCCAGGGGGAGCACACUUGGUCCAAUGGGUACGGGACCACUUGCAUGGUAAGCGGGACCCAGUUGACAUCCUUGAUCCGAAGCUCAGAGGAAGAGCCGACCCUCAGAUGCACGAAAUGCUCCAGACACUAGCAGUAUCGUUUCUCUGUGUCAGCCCACGUCCCAAUGAUCGCCCAAUCAUGAAUGACGUAGUGGCAAUGCUCAAGGAGAUCCGCCACGAGGAUACCAUGAGGUCAGACACAGAGUUAAAAGGGAAACUAUUGGUUCAUCCUCCAUCCGCGGACCCCACUAGAACGAUGGUUUUACAAGGUUCCUCUAACUGUUCAUAUGCGUUCUCAGAUGACUCAAACUAACCGUUAUUCGGUGAAGAAAUGCCUUAUAUAGCAUCUUAGAGCAGAUUUGUACUAAAUAUAGCAAAAAAUGUACAAAUUGUGUACUAGUUAAUGAGGAGGUUGUAAAAUAGGAUUAAAAGUGUGAAUGAAGUGAGAUGACCCAAAUGUCUGUGUGUUGGGUACUCAGGGGAAGUGUAUGGUUUGAUUUGGAUCUAAAUAAUUAGAAGUUAAUGCAAAUAAUCUGGUGUCUCUAUCUA